UUGAGACAGUGUGAGGGUUUGUGGAGUGCCACAGUGCUGUAAUGAAUACUGUAGUGGAAGAAGUUCUUUCACACUCUUCAUCCUGGAGCUGCUUUAUGUCCAUGAUCUGCAUGGAAACACAUCUAUGGAGAGCAAAUCCAGCUGCUGAGGGUCACAUCUGCAUCAUUGUAGCUACAGUGGAUGUUUCAGUGUCAGGACUGAAGGUGGAGCUUUGUGCGUGUCAGGGUGAGGCCGCAGCAGCCGCCUCCAACCGGAGCGCUCGGGCGUGAAACUAGGAGGAAAGCCGACGUCCUCCUCUUUCCUCAGAAGUGAUCUGUGGCCGGCCGGACUUCAUUCCACAGAUGUGCUUUAACAAAGUGUGAAGCUGAACUCUGAGCUGUGACAGUGUGAGCAGUGUGAGAGUGUCAGUAGAUGAUCAGCAGAGGAAAGUGAGAGCUGCUGUGAGCUGAUGUCCUGAAGGGCUUUUAAAGAGUCUCUGAGUUUGACAGGAACAUGAAGAUGUUUGUGGUGUUUGUGAUCCUCCUGCACGUUUCCCAGCAUGCUCUGGCUGUGGUGGUGGAGGUGAAUGAGGGGGAAAGAUCUGUCCUGCUGCCCUGUCAGUACUCAGGUUUACCACCUGUGGACCCCACAGUAACAUGGACUCGCAAUGAUCUCAAUCCCAAUUCUGUCCAUGUGAGACAAGAAGAAACAGACGAUCUCAGAGGACAAAACCAGCAUUACAGCGGACGCACAUCAAUGAGACCUGAUGCUCUGGACUCUGGAGACUUCAGCCUCACUCUGAGAAACCUGCAGCUGAUUGACAGCGGAAAAUACACCUGCACACUCAGCAAUGAAAUAAAUAAAGUUAGAGUGGGAGAUGUACAGCUGCAGGUCAAAGACCAGCAAGUGGUGGUUAAAGUGGAGGAAGGAUCAGAGUCCAUCAUCCUGCCCUGCAAAACAACACCUGACCUGCCUGAGGACACCACAGUGGAGUGGACUCGCUCUGACCGAGAACUCAUGAUGAUCCAUGUGUAUCCAAACAGAAGUGACCAUCUUAAGAACCAGGAUGACCUUUACUGUGGUCGCACAAAGAUGAACAAAGACCUGCUGAGAACUGGAGACCUCAGUCUGACCCUGAAAUACCCCACAGAGAGAGACAGUGGAGGAUACAUCUGCACCAUCUACAGGGACGAAGAUAUCCUGAGACAGAAAGUAGUGCUGCAGGUCAAAGAACAAUUUCCGUCCUGGGCGAAAGCUGUUCUUGUGCUCCUGGUUCUCCUGGUUCUUCUUGUGGUUUCUGGAGGUCUUUUAUUUCAUUUCCGGCACUAUUUCAUGUCAGGUUACAAGGUGGAGGUGGAUUCAGAGGUGGAGUCUGUCCAGCUGCCCUGCAAAACCACAGUUUGCCUGCCUAAAGAUGCUAAAGUGGAGUGGAAGGACAUGAAAGACAGGAAGGUCCACGUGUAUGUGGACGACAGUGACACCUACACCUGCACCGUCUACAGCCUGCAGCAAAAGAUUCUGAUGAAGAAGGAUGUGCUGCUCACUGUUAGAGGUGAUAAGGUGGAGGUGGAUUCAGGGAUGGAGUCUGUCCAGCUGCCCUGCAAAACCACAGUUUUCCUGCCUAAAGAUGCUAAAGUGGAGUGGAAGGACAUGAACAAAAGGAAGGUCCAUGUGUAUCAGAACAGCUCUGACCAGCCCAAAAAACAGAACCAGGAUUACAGAGUUCACAAGGUGGAGGUGGGUUCAGGCAUGGAGUCUGUCCAGCUUCCCUGCAAAACCUCAGUUCAACUGUCUAAAGACAUUAACGUGGAGUGGAAGGACAAAUAUGGAAAGGACCUUAGCCUUCCUGCCUUGUAG